AUGAUCAACACAAUCAAAGGAGACCAGAAGAAGCGAAGAGAGCAAGGACGGGGGGAUAGUAUGAUAACGAACAAGGCGAGGGUGAGCCCCUGGUCCGGUUCGAAGAAUGUGGCUAGACACAAGCAGGCGAGCAGUGAGGUUGUGGGUGAAGCAGCCGAGAAGCAGAGAGCCUCCAUUGGCGUGCGAAGCUGUGCGCCAUUCAAGUUAGUGUUCAGCGAGGUGAAGAGAGGGUUUGCGCGGGUUGAAGAGCUCAGGCGGUUCAGCUCUCAACAAGCAGAGAACAGUGGACGACCUCAGACUCGAGGAGAAGUGUUGGAAGACAACGAUCAAGAGGACGCAGGUGGUUGGCCGAUGAUCUCUGAUGAGGCUGCUUCUUCCAACGCUAUCUUAGCCAUCCUGAAGAAAGCUACACCCGUGUGCGAGAUCCUCUUCGACGACAACGUCAUCUUCUAUGACAUCACUCACCGUGAGCUCGUCGAGCUGUUUGGCUUGCAACCUCGUCAUCUGCGAGUCUUCACGCAGAAGCGAGCGCUGACAGGCAUCAUUCCCUACGAGAACAUGGUUGUCUUCAAGUUUGAGCACCUCAAGGGGCUGCUCUUCUGGGAUCGGAUCAUGGUGUUCGAUGCAGACAUGCCGUCAGUGCAGGCCUUCACUCUAACGCUACGGGCAAGCAUCAGGAGGAACGAGUUGAUCCAAGAGAGACUGAAGCAACCCUUCGAGCUCGUCGUGCUCGAGUGCCUCCUGGACGAGCUGGCAGUCUACUACGAGUCCUCCUUCAGCCGGCUCUACUACUUGAUCAACCUGCACCUCGACAAGAUUACCUCGGGACAGGGAGACGACGUGAGAGAAGAUGGGCUUUACAAGCUUCUACCAUUGGAGCACAGGAUGUCCUCGCUGCAAGUCCGACUCGAUCGAGCUUUCAAGACUUUGGACCAGCUGCUUGCUACCGACGAAGACAUGGCUGCUUGCUACUUGACCUUCAGGCAUGAGCAGGGAGAACCAGCCCCGCCUGAUGAGCACAUGCAAGUCGAGCUGAUCAUGGAGACGUACAGGACAAGAAUGGAAGAUCUGCUCGAUCGCAUUGCCGAGGUGUUUCGUCAGAUCGAGUCAACACGCACAGUAUUCGCCCUCUCACUCGACAACACGAGGAAUCGUAUCGCCCGGAUGGACCUGAGCCUCACCAUGGGCGCCGUCUCCCUCAGCUUCUCGAUGGCCAUCGCGGGAUUCUUUGGCAUGAACAUCACACAUGGCUACGAGCAUCAUCCGCCCCUCGUGUUCUGGUCCGUCAUGGGAUUGGGGGUCGUCGGCUCGAUGGCGAUUUUUCAUCUGUGCCGCAAGCAACUCGCAUCGAUGCGAUCGACACAGAACAACAGGAUGCGAGACUUCCGUGUGUUCAAGAGCGUCUUGGAGAAUCUUGAUCAGGUGCACUACCUCCUGCGACGCGACACGGACCUCAGCCAUAGGAUCGUCAAGGGCGGCAAACUGACAAAAGACGAGCUGAAGAAGAUGCUCUCGUCUAUCCCGGACAAACAGCAUGAUGCAAUCGUGGGGGCAGGAGCAGUCUCGAAAGAAGAAGUAGAUCUGCUCUAUGAGAUCCUCAACACCAACAAGGACGGGCUUGUGGAGAGAUCCGACUUCUUGGAGGAGCUUGCUCACUGGGCCACCAUGAAGGACACGAAGAAGGGAGAUGUUGGCAGACACAUGCUUCCUCAGCACAAGAUAUCGUCUGACAGGAGAUUUCAAUAG